ACCAUCAUGGCUGUAUAAGAGCUGCAAGGACACGCUGGACCUUUUACUUCCAGCGGAGCUGACGAGAGGACCAACCAGGCUAAAGGAGAGAAGACCGGUGCAUUUCAUACAUUAUUAAUAUUGGUUGUGUUUAAUUUAACCAAUUCAACCAGAUCACUUGUCUGCUCAGAUGGAGGCCAUGCAGAGUGCUAGGAAAAAUGAAACAGGGGACAUUGGCAGUGAUCUAUCAGAGCAGGUCAAAGCAGCCACUAAGGACAGUCAUGUCAGGGCUGAAAACACCCAGCUGAUGCUGAGUUACCAGAGGGGUCACAUCACCCUGCCUCAGUACAAGGUCCUGCUGUGUUCCCUCUACGAGAUCUACAAAGCGCUCGAAGAGGAGCUGGCCAGAAACUCCUCCCACCCGGCUGUCGCCCCGAUAUACUUCCCUCAGGAACUUGCCCGCCUGGAGACGCUCGAAAGAGACCUGGAGCACUUCUUUGGCCCCGAAUGGAGAGAACGGGUGGUUGUUCCUGCAGCCACGCAUGGAUAUGCACAGCGACUACGACAGAUCGGGAGAGACAGCCCGGAGCUGCUGGUGGCCCACGCCUAUACGCGCUACCUCGGCGACCUUUCGGGAGGUCAAGUGCUGGGGAAGAUCACCCAGAAGUCUCUCGGGCUGAGCGGCCAAGAGGGGCUUUCUUUCUUCUCCUUCCCCGGCGUCACCAGCCCCAACCGCUUCAAGCAGCUGUACAGGGGUCGGAUGAACGGCAUCGAGCUGACCGCGGAGGAGAGGGCGGAGGUGCUGCAGGAGGCGGUCGCCGCCUUCGAGCUCAACAUCCAGGUUUUUGAUGACUUGCAGAAAAUGUUGAGUGUUGCAACAGAAACGGCAGAUCAAUCAGCAGGCAGUGGUGUCAAAACUGGAACGUUCCCAUAUUUAUCCACAAUGCACACCGUGGGACUGUGUGUGGCUAUUGCCACUAUUGGACUGGGAAUCUACACCAUCUAGAGUUUACCAGUACCUUUUAUUUGUAUGCGCACACACAACAAUCCCACACUGUGAAACUGUCUUUUUAACGCCUUGAAUAAAAAGUUUGUAACGAG